ACGUCCGCACCAGCGACAUGACCGGCUAGUAUCGAGCACAGUGCACAGGAGUCAGCGUUUGUCCAAGUAACGGCGUACCACCAUGGGCGGUUACACGAAUUUCGGCGGUGCCAAACCCGGCCUCAUCUCGUGGGAUAGCGACGCGAAGUCGACGCAGUUGUCCAGUGCCGUGUACAAGAACUUGUGUUUGUUAAGCGCGGUGUUCGCCUUCAGCGUGGGGCUCACCAUAGGCAUCCUCAUUCCCCUGGUGUACCUCAAGACCCCUCCCAGGAACGACACGGUCGCUCUGGAGACAGUCAACGCCUCCGCGGUAAUAAGGACCAUCUUCCUCAACAACAGCUACGCGUACAAGAACGAUUCCGAGAGCGACAAGUACCCCACGGUGUCUUUCGUGAAGAGUUUCGUGCCUUUGGAGCGGUCCGAUGAGGAUUUGGUGGAGAACGGCAUCUUCUGGGGGAAGAAAAUCGAACGGGCCCUACCGGAAGGGUACAAGGAGCAGAAGCACGACGUGUGGCAGGAUUACGUCAAGAAAGCUGUGGCGGUGAAGAUGGAGAACGGUUGCGGCAGGAUGCAGAACCGUUUGGUGACAUUCCAGGAUGGUCUGAAGGGUUGUGUGCGCUACAGACAGAACACGGACCAGAUCCAAGGGGAGCUGUUCAGUUUCUACCUCGCGAAGAUCUUGAAUUUACCCAACCUAGCGCCUAGCGCAGUGAGUAUAGUUGACCUGGGGCAACCCCUGUGGAGGAACUUGAGGAAUGAAAUCGCUUCUGCACAGUGGAACUCAAACAGACCCAUAGUAUUGACCCAGUUCAUCUCCAAUUUGAACUCUGCUAACAUCCCCGCUGUGUUCAAGCCCGUGGAGAGGCACCUCAACAAGUUGGACGUGUUGAAUAUGACCAGGAACGACGAGGAUCAGAUCGGGAGCUUCGUGGAGCUGGCCCAGUGGUCGGACUUGAUAGUUUUCGACUACCUCACCGCUAAUUUAGACAGGAUAGUGAACAAUCUGUACAACUACCAGUGGAAUACCAACAUUAUGGACGCGCCAGCUCACAAUCUCGCGAAGAAAGCGGACAGUGAUCUGUUGGUGUUCUUAGACAACGAAUCGGGAUUGUUGCACGGCUACAGACUGUUGAAAAAGUACGAGAUCUACCACUCCAUCCUCCUAGACAACCUGUGCAUGUUCAGGAAGCAAACCGUGGACGUUAUAAAGAGACUGAAGACCAAGGGAGACGUGGGGGUUUUACUCAGAGACAUGUUCGACAGGCUAAACAGUGACAGUGUGAAGGAUAUCCUCCCUACCAUCCCCGACAAGAGCGUGAAGAUCCUCAACGACAGGAUAGACAGAGUGUACAACCAGAUACUCAAGUGUGAAUCAGUGUUCGCAAACACCUAGUUUGGUACGCGAGGGACGGACUUUUUUUUCGAAUUCUUGCAGGGUAUAGUUGGAUAGAGGACAGUGGCGCGUCUGGGUUCACCAUUUUCAAACGCCCUGUACGUUCGGCGCCUGUACUAGGUAAUUUAUUUAUUUAUUGUUCUAUUGCCAUACCGAAAUUAUUUAUUGCCCACCUUUCGGUUUUGUACAGUUGUAGGUUUUCGAAAUUUCACGUCGGGAUGUGACUCGUCCAGCGGGACGAAAUUGUGAUAUGUUUUAUAAGAUUUAUAUGGAUUAUGUUUGAGUUGGCGUUAUUUGUACCAUACUACUGUACAUUUUGUGAUGUUAGUGUAUUAGACCAAAUACUGUAAAUAUUGUUGUAAAUUUGCCCGAUGUAUAUUUUUGUAAAUAGGAAGUACU